AUGUCAACUGCAGACGACAGUGAGGAGCGCAGAGUACUGCGGCCAGGGGUUAGAAAGGCCAGACGAGAAGAAGAAGAUCGCCAGGCACGACAAGCAGAGCGCGAAGGAAUGGUACGAGAUCUCGAGACGAUGUAUACUAGAUUUAAGGAGGUCUCUGGGGACUAUGGCGACUGGAAACUCCUCGAUCUCAGCCGCAUAACCUGCGUUGAAUUCCCCCUCGACCAGCAACCCCCUCCUGUCGCGGAGACCUUUUUCAUCCCUAUGACCAAGAAGGAGCUAGACCAGCAUCCUCCUGGUUUUUCAGAUAAAUUCACAAGAAGCAGUUGUGGAAAGCCACUUCGCUGGCAUGAGAGUGAUAUCGGACGUCACCCAGCCAGCUCUGUCUUUCAACGACAUAGUGACGCACGAAGCCUAUGCACCUACAUGAAUGGACUGUUCUAUACAAAACGGGAAAUAUCUGAAAACGGGUCAUCCAACAUGUUGCGCAGAUUGGCUGGAUGGUGGCCUGGCUCCUUCGACCUCGGAAAUCCAGAAUCGCUGAUUGACGACGAGUUCCACCCGGAUAUCUUCAACUCGGUCAUCUACGAACCCUGUAAUCCCUUCGUGUCAGUCAAAUCCAAGGAGCUACCGCACGUGAUGUGCACAUUAUCCAACGGCCUCGCAUCUCGUGACGAAGCCCUCUUCCGCUCAGAGUUCAUGACGAUUCUUGCAAUUAUGAUCACGCAACUGCGGAAACCCCCGCCACCAGAUACUAUAGUCAUUCCGGUCAAGGUGUUAUCAUUUUUUGGACGCGAAGGCCGGAUUCUCGAGGCUUACUACAAUGGCCGUGUCCGGCGCUUGUUCAUUAAAGUGUCCAAGUUGCAGGAUUUCUCGAGUGACGAAGGCGUGCUUCACAACUCUGAGCUAUUUCUGCGCCAUAUGGCUAGCAAGUGUGAAGGGAAUCCUGAAUCUCCGUGGUGA